AUGAUGGCGGCUGAGGCCGGGGUUGAGGAGGGCGGCUCGGUUACGGCUGCCGGGAUGGUGGGAGCUGCUGGCGGAGCUGAGUCGGAGCACUACCCCACGUUAUGCCGGGGCAAGGAGCUGGGGUCGCAGGGCCCCUUCCCGGCUGGCUCUGGCGGGGACAGCCUGGGCGCUGGCGGUCCGGCGUUGUGCUCGGCGCUGGGGCUUCUGGCGUUAAGCUCCGGGCCUGCCUCUCUGGCGUCCAGAGACGUACUAUCAGCAACUGGACAAAGGCCGGAGGUGUCUGGAGAGGUGCUGCUCCCACCCAAACCCAGCACUGUCGCCUUUCCCCCACUGCCGCCGCCGCCACAGCCACCUUCCUUGGCGGGGGGGCUGGGGAUUGUGGAUGAAGGCGACUCGUUGGAUGGGCCCGAGUAUGAAGAGGAGGAGGUGGCCAUCCCGCUCAACGCUCCCCCAACAAACCAGUGGUAUCAUGGAAAACUCGACAGAACAAUUGCAGAAGAACGUCUUUGGCAAGCGGAAAAACCUGGAAGUUACCUUAUUCGAGAGAGUGAUCGGAGACCGGGUUCAUUUGUGCUUUCAUUCCUUAGUAAAACAAGUGUCAAUCAUUUUAGGAUUAUUGCCAUGUGUGGAGAUUAUUACAUUGGUGGACGUCGCUUUGCUUCACUCUCAGACCUUAUUGGGUAUUACAGUCAUGUGUCUUGUUUGCUGAAGGGGGAAAAACUAUUCUUUCCAGUAGCACCUCCAGAGCCUGUGGAAGAUAGAAGGAGAGUUCGAGCAAUUCUACCUUACACCAAAGUGCCAGAAACUGAUGAAAUAAGUUUUCUUAAAGGAGAUAUGCUUAUUGUGCAUAAUGAAUUGGAAGAUGGCUGGAUGUGGGUUACAAACCUACGUACAGAUGAACAAGGUCUUAUAGUAGAAGACCUGGUAGAAGAAGUGGGAAGAGAAGAAGAUCCACAUGAAGGCAAAAUAUGGUUCCAUGGGAAGAUCUCCAAACAAGACGCUUACAAUUUACUGAUGACAGUUGGUCAGGUGUGCAGUUUUCUUGUGAGGCCUUCUGAUAAUACACCUGGUGAUUAUUCACUUUAUUUUCGGACCAAUGAAAAUAUUCAACGUUUUAAAAUAUGUCCAACAUCAAGCAAUCAGUUUAUGAUGGGAGGCAGAUAUUAUAAUAGUAUUGCAGAGAUCAUUGAACAUUAUAGAAAAGAACAGAUUGUUGAAGGAUAUUACCUUAAAGAUCCUGUUCCAGUGCAGCAUCAAGAACAAGUGUUUAAUGAUACAGUCGAUGGAAAAGAAAUCUACAAUACAAUUCGUCGCAAAACAAAGGAUGCUUUUUAUAAAAAUAUUGUCAAAAAAGGAUAUCUUCUAAAAAAAAGUAAAGGGAAGAGAUGGAAAAACUUGUACUUUAUAUUGGAGGGAAAUGAUGCCCAGCUUAUUUAUUUUGAAAGUGAAAAACGAGCCACAAAACCUAAAGGAUUGAUAGACCUUAGUGUGUGUUCGGUCUAUGGAGUACACGACAGUUUAUUUGGCAGGCCAAACUGUUUUCAGAUAGUAGUUCAGCACUUCAGUGAAGACCAUUACAUCUUUUACUUUGCAGGAGAAACUCAAGAACAAGUGCAGGACUGGAUGAAGGCUCUGCAGAUGUUUUGCAGUUUAAGGAAAAACAGUCCAGGAACAUCAAAUAAACGUCUACGUCAGGUCAGCAGUCUUAUCUUGCAUGUAGAAGAAGCUCAUACACUCCCAGUAAAACAUUUUACUAAUCCAUAUUGUAACAUCUACCUGAACAGUGUCCAGGUAGCAAAAACACAUAUCAGGGAAGGUCAGAACCCUGUAUGGUCAGAAGAAUUUGUCUUUGAUGAUCUUUCAUCUGAUAUUAAUAGAUUUGAGAUAAGUCUUAGUAACAAAACAAAGAAAAGUAAAGAUCCAGAUAUAUUGUUUAUGCGUUGCCAAUUAAGCCGAUUACAGAAAGGACAUGCAACAGAUGAGUGGUUUCAACUCAGUUCCCAUAUACCACUGAAAGGUAUUGAGCCAGGAUCUUUGCGUGUCCGAGCACGAUAUUCUAUGGAGAAGAUCAUGCCAGAAGAGGAGUACAGUGAGUUUAAAGAGCUCAUACUCCAGAAAGAGAUGCAUGUAGUCUAUGCCUUAUCACAUGUUUGUGGCCAGGAUAGAACACUGUUGGCUGGCAUUUUAUUGAAGAUAUUUCUUCAUGAAAAGCUUGAGUCACUAUUGUUACGAACACUAAAUGACAGGGAAAUAAGCAUGGAAGAUGAAGCUACUACUUUGUUUCGUGCCACCACUUUAGCAAGUACACUUAUGGAGCAAUAUAUGAAAGCCACAGCAACACGUUUUGUUCAUCAUGCACUGAAAGAUAGUAUAUUAAAGAUAAUGGAGAGCAAGCAGUCCUGUGAGUUAAAUCCUUCGAAGUUAGAAAAAAAUGAAGAUGUAAACACUAAUUUGGCACAUCUACUCAGUAUACUUUCAGAAUUGGUGGAGAAAAUAUUCAUGGCUGCAGAGAUACUGCCUCCGACAUUGAGAUAUAUUUAUGGAUGCUUGCAGAAGUCUGUUCAAAACAAGUGGCCAGCUAAUACGACAAUGAGAACAAGAGUUGUUAGUGGCUUUGUUUUUCUUCGACUGAUUUGUCCUGCUAUCCUGAACCCAAGGAUGUUUAAUAUCAUCUCAGAUUCUCCUUCCCCUACUGCUGCAAGAACCCUGAUGCUGGUUGCCAAGUCUGUGCAGAAUUUAGCAAAUCUGGUUGAAUUUGGAGCUAAGGAGCCAUAUAUGGAGGGGGUAAAUCCAUUUAUCAAGAGCAACAAACAUCGCAUGAUCAUGUUUUUAGAUGAACUUGGGAAUGUUCCUGAGCUUCCAGACACUACAGAUUACUCUAGAACUGACUUAUCUCGUUAUCUGGCAGCCUUGCAUGAGAUGUGUGUGGCUCAUUCAGAUGAACUUCGGACACUUAGCAAUGAGCGAGGUGUAAUGCAGCAUGUUCUUAAGAAGCUGUUGGCUAUUACAGAACUGCUUCAACAAAAACAACAUCAAUAUUCAUUGUCUAAUAACAUCAGGUAG